AUGGAUGAUCCAAACCCGGAACCUUCGAAAUAUACUUGCAACACUGUCAACUGUUUGGGAAAUUAUAGUACCAUUUAUGCGGGCUUGAUUGUCGAUGCCGUGCUUGAUUCAGCAAUUUUGAGGGGAAAACUCACCGAGUUGGUUAGAUUAUGGCCAAUACUUGGCGGUGGUUUGAUUAAAGAUACAGAACCAUGGUCUUUCACUUGUGGUUCUACUGUCGAUUAUGCCAGUAGGGAUAUUAACCAGUCACUGGCUACCUAUCUUCCAAUCCGUCAGGAGCAAAAUAGCCAUGAGCCGAAAAUCAUGAAAAGCCCGGAAAUAUCCGCAGUUGAUGAGAAAUUCAUAUUCGACGUUCCUCCCAACCUCGCAAACAGUUUCCGCCUUCGUGUUACUCUCCUACGAGAUGCUACCUUGCUCUGCUUUGGAAUCACGCACAAUAUCUUGACGGCAAUGAUUGCUGGGAAGUAG